UUGAAUCAUAAUUCUUCCAAAUAGUUUCCAAUUCCAAAUCAAUGGAGAAGAGUGAGGCCGCCACGAUCGAAAUGGGCAGCACAAGCCGGGAAAGCAAAGGGAAGGCGCCUCUACUCACGGCAGCCGUCCACCACAACCGGGCGGCUGGUGGAUACAAGAGGGGCGCCGCCGUGUUCGACCUCAUCCUUCGGGUGUGCUCUGUGGCGGCCGCCAUGGCCGCCACCAUCAUCAUGGGGACCACCGAGCAGACGCUUCCCUUCUUCACCCAGUUCUUCCAAUUCCGAGCCAGCUACGACGACCUCCCUACUUUCACAUUCUUUGUGAUAGCGAUGGCGGUGGUGACCGGCUAUCUCAUUCUCUCGGUGCCUUUCUCCAUCGUCUGCAUUGCUCGUCCGAGCAUUAUCGGGGCCCGCCUCCUACUCGUCACAUGCGAUACAUUGGCAGUCACACUGGCUACCGCGGCGGGAGGAGCCUCGGCCGCUAUAGUGUACCUGGCCCACAACGGCAACUCGGACGCGAAUUGGCUUGCCAUUUGCCAGCAGUUCAAUGACUUCUGCCAGAGGGUGAGCGGCGCCGUUGUGGCCUCCUUCGUCACGGUGGUGUUGCUCAUCUUCCUCGUAGUCAUCUCCGCCUUCGCUCUCAGGAAGAAGCAUUAAUCAUGUGUAUAUAUUUUUAUGUAUGGAUUUGUCUCUUUGUUAGUUUGCUCCUCUGAUUUUUUUUUUUUUUUUGUUCUCAUUUUUAUCGUAGUUAAUUUGGCCUCAAUUGUUGUGUUUCUGCAAAUAUUGUAACUCAAACAAUUUAUACACACAUUUGUUU